AUGAUUAUAUUAAAUAAAUGGAAAAAAAUAUUUUUAGAUAAAAAUACUUAUCUAAAAAAUAAAAAUAGAAACUUAAAUAAAUAUUUUGUCUUUAAAACAUAUAAUAGAAAUUUAAAAUUAUCUUCUUUGUUUAAUAACACUACAAUAAAAGUAUAUAACGGUAUUCGAUUCAUACCAAUAAAAGUUAAUUCAUUAAAAUUUGGAUUAAAAUGCAGAUAUAUAAUUAAUAAUGUCUAA